AUGAAGGAGCAACUUAACUAUACUUAUAUUGAGACUGACGUGACUGGUGCUCUUCUAGUGUUCAGGAAGCAAACGCAAAACCUUGUUUUUGCUUCGUUAGGUAAUGAUAAGCAUUUCCUUUUAGAGAACGUGAAGGCUUUCUUAAAGAAGAACGGAAAGCAGGAUACGAAAUACGACUUGCAGGAGCUAAAAGACAGGGAAGAAUAUAAACAAUCAAUUGAAAACUACAGGAUAUGUCUAGAAAAUAAAAUGCCGUUACCAUCACAUACUAUUCCGUUUGAGUUCUUAUUUGGAACGGAAUUUCAACAUAAAGUUUGGAGCGAACUUUUAAAAGUGGAACAUGGCAACGUUGUUACGUAUGGUGAUAUCGCGAAAAGAAUAGGGAAACCAACCGCUGCAAGAUCAGUCGGAAGAGCAUGCGGAUCAAACAACUUAGCACUGGUAGUGCCUUGCCAUAGAAUCAUUGGUAGCAAUAAAAAGCUGACGGGAUAUAAAUGGAGUUGUAAAUUGAAAGAACAGCUGUUGAAUAAUGAAAGGAAAAAUAAACUAGAGCUCAAGAAGUUCUAA